GAGGGAAAUCCUGCAGGACGUCUCCUUCUCGGUGAUGCCUGGACAGACCCUUGCCCUGGUGGGUCCGUCUGGCUCAGGGAAAAGCACCAUCAUCCGCCUGCUCUUCCGCUUCUACGAUGUGUGGGGCGGCUGCAUCCGCAUCGACGGGCAGGACAUCGCCAAGGUGAAGCAGGCCUCGCUGCGCGCCCACAUCGGGGUGGUGCCCCAGGACACGGUGCUCUUCAACGACUCCAUCUGCAACAACAUCCGCUACGGGCGCGGCGCCGCCUCCGACGAGGAGGUGUGCCAGGCGGCCCGCGCCGCCGACAUCCACGAGCGCAUCCUCUCCUUCCCCGAGG